AGUUGUUUGAGGUGCGCAGUUUUGGGAACUAUAACGAUUCAGGCUUGAGAAGGCUUCAUUGGUGUGGCAUAAUGCGCAAUGACCCACUGCAAGCUUUCCUUCAGGAUCGGACGCCAAACUCCACCCCAGAGUUCAUCAAAGAAUCUCCCUUGAUGUUGCUGGAAGACACCUGUAAUCGCAUCGGCCAUUCCCGGGCAUCCAGAUCCAUGGAGCACCAUCAGCACGUCCCAUAUGAAAGCUCCCCACCUAAGCUCUUCCACCCCUGGAGAAGUGAUGCAACUUUUUCACAGCACCUCCAAACCUCCUUAAAUCCGCACCAAGAAAUGCCACUAACACCCCCGGCGGAACACUAUGACUUCUCACCCCUCAAGAUGUUGCCUUGUCCGUCAGCAUGCGCUACUCAUCCCACCUCAAUUUCAACUUACGUUCCCACGCACACUGGACUUUUAGACCAAUGGUGGUCCCUGCAGGACGCCGGCACCGCCAAUCACUCCUCAACACAUCAUUUUCAAAUCCCCCGCGGGUGGGUUCUCCACCCUGAGCUCGGCCAGUACCAGACUCAAAUCGCCACCCUGCUGCACUCCAAGUCUCGGAGAUGCCGGAGGUGCAUGUGCCCCAACUGCCAAAAGAGCAGCGACACGCCGGGCAGGAGAAAGCAGCACGUGUGCCACAUGCCGGGCUGCGGGAAGGUGUACGGCAAGACGUCGCACCUGAAGGCGCACCUGAGAUGGCACGCAGGUGAGCGGCCGUUCGUCUGCAGCUGGAUGUUCUGCGGGAAGAGCUUUACGCGCUCGGACGAGCUCCAGCGGCACCUGCGCACGCACACCGGCGAGAAGCGCUUCACCUGUCCGGACUGCGCCAAACGCUUCAUGCGCAGCGACCAUCUGGCCAAACACCUGAAGACGCACCUAAUGCGCAAGAACAGACCGCUGUUUCCCGUGUUGGAUCACAUAAACAAAACUCUUGAACAAAAGUCUUAGAUUAUACUUUUUGCGGGCCAUCUCAGUAAAUAUAAUUAACUCAAACACCUUCAGUUUGGGUAAAGCUGUCACAUUUGUGUGUAUUUGUAUAUGCAUUUUAUUAAUUACAAUAUUUGUUGGACAGAACAAAUGUUUUACAUUUUUGUAUGUUACCUAUUUGAUGUUUUAUAAUUUGUUUAGUUUCAUAAUUGAUUUACUGUUUAAAUAUAACAGAAAAGCAGGUCGCUUAAUGUCAUUGAGACAUCUUACGUCAUAUAUAGUGUCUCGACAAGAUGUGGGUUGAGUCUUUCUUACAUUCUAAGUAAUGUAUAAUCAGAAAUUGAAGGUUAGUGUGUAUACAGAAAUGAUUUCAGGUAAUGUGUGACAAAUUUUUCCCUAUGUAAUAUGGUGGCACUGUAGAGACAAACACUUGAGAGGUGUAACUUAAGUAAAAACAUAAAUUUGCAUUUAGUAUAUCUUCGUCUUUAAAAGACAUUAAGGCUAUAUCAAGUGUGUACAAUUUUUUGAUUAUUAUUUUUUAUUUAUUUUUAAGACACCAAAAAUACACAACUUUAGUCGCUUUUUAAUAACUUGGAUGUUAAAAUCCAAAG